GAAGAACCAGACUGAUCAUCUUUGAACAUGGCUGCAUUAAAGGCGUGUAGCGCUCUUGUGACCGGGGCCAACCGAGGCUUAGAAAUGGUCAAGCAACUCCUGGAGGCCCGUUGCUCAAAAGUUGUUGCUGGGUGUCUUGACCCAGAUGGGACAAAUUCUGAGAUUCAGGCACUGAAAGAACUGGCCAAAAAGCAUCCAGGUGUUGUCACCCUCGAGCACCUUGAUGUAGCUGAUCCAUGCAGUAUCAAAGAAUCUGCCAAGAAAGUGGGUUCUCUACUGGGCAAGAAUGGUUUGAACCUGAUCAUAAAUAAUGCUGCAGUGUUGCCUUCAAAAUCCAUACUGACCGCCACUGUUGAGGACAUGAUCCACGCCUUCAACACCAACAUGCUAGGACCUUUAUUUGUCAUUAGGGAGUACCUGCCGUAUCUGCGUGCAGCAGCUAAAGCCAGUGGCAAACCAGGGAUGUCAUGUGAUAAAGCAGCUGUGAUCAACAUCUCCACAAAUGCAGCAUCUAUGAGCAUCGUUCCAUCACUGCAAGGGCCGUUCCCGUUCUUCCCAUACAGUAUCAGCAAGGCAAGUCUAAACAUGUUGACUGUGUAUACUGCAAUGGAGUUAAAGGCAGAUGAGAUCCUCUGCAUUUCCAUUCACCCAGGAUGGGUGAGGACAAACAUGGGGGGAGAUAAGGCAUCUAUCGACACAAGAGAAAGUGUGGAGGGAAUGCUGCGUGUCAUUGGCAGCCUUACUGAGAAGCAGCACGGCGGAUUCAUGGACUACACUGGAGAAACUUUGCCCUGGUAAAACAGAGGAACAAAAUUUCUCCAAUCAUCAAAAGGCUGAUCCAGAUGCCAUAUUUCUACCCCUUUUUUAAAUGUAAAACACUUCAAAUCAACAUGGGAUCUAACAGCUCAAUCUCAAUUUAAGAGCAAACUUUUAAUCCCUAUAAUCUCAGUAAAUCAAAUAAAUAUUGUGUGGUUCAAAUUAUUAAUCUCUAUACACUGUCCAUUUAGAAGGAAAUACCUUUGAAAAUGAUGCAAGUUUGAGAUCAAGAAGAAUCUUCCAUAUCAUAACUGUCAAGUUUAAGAGUUUUUGAGUUUUAGACGUAACCUUGUGCUGUUGUAAGCCACGUGGCCUGAGUAUUUGCUGGGUCCUAGUCCACCAUACAGCCCUAUUUCCUAUCCACAACUGGAAACGAUGCAACCCUUCACUUGGCGGAGGUCACCACCAUGAGGCUGAUAACGGUACUGCUGUUCCUCCUGGCUUCUGCUUCUGCGGAUCAAAC